AGGUGGGGCCGGUGCGCCGCGGGUUUGACGUGUGCGAGUGCACAUGGUGCGGCGGCGGCGGGCGGAUAAUAAGCGAGUGGGGACGGAGCGAUGCCAUUGCUCUGAGUCACCGCGAGUGCGCGGAGCUCCUGCUCUCCUAGUACCGGGGAGCCGCGGGGCUUAAGACCCGGUUGAGUCACCCCGCGCCGGGAAAAGGGGCGGCCGGUGGUGGUGGUGGGGUGGGGGUGGGGGGGCGGAGGAGGACAACCGCUCCGCCUGCAGCCCCCGGGGCCGCGGCCGCUCCGCCGGCGGGGCGAGUUUCGCCGGGCAGCGCGGAGAGAGGACAUCGGCGCGCAACGCUGCCCGCAAUUGCUUGCGCCUGCCUGCGCGCACGGCUCUGCUCCCGCGGCGCCGCCGAGCCCUCCCGUCCCGUCCCGUCGGCGCUUCGCUGCCGCCUGAGCCUCUUUUAUUAUUAUCAUUAUUAUUAUUUUAUUUUUCUUUUUUCUCUCUUCCCCCCCCCCUUUUUUUAACCUUUUUCCCCUUCUCCCCCUUCCAAAGCCUUUUUUUUUUUGUUUGGUUUUUUUUUUCCUCCCCUUUCCGCGGCGAGCGUUGGGAGGCGAAAGGCAAGAGCCGAAGAGGUCGGGAGGGAGAAGGGGGCGGGGAGACGGCGAGGGAGCGGCGGGUGUCGGUGCGGGAAGGCGGGGACGCGGCUCCCCCGGCCCGACCUCGGACCAUGUACCAGGACUACCCCGGGAACUUCGACACCUCCUCCAGAGGCAGCAGCGGCUCCCCGGGACAUCCCGAGACCUACUCCAGCGGCGCAGCCCAGCAGAAAUUUCGAGUAGAUAUGCCAGGAUCAGGCAGUGCUUUUAUCCCUACGAUCAACGCCAUCACAACUAGCCAAGACCUGCAGUGGAUGGUCCAGCCCACCGUCAUCACCUCCAUGUCAAGCCCUUACUCUCGCUCACACCCCUACAGCCAUCCGCUGCCCUCGCUGUCUUCAGUGGCCGGACACACGGCCCUUCAGCGACCUGGUGUGAUCAAAACCAUCGGGACCACAGUGGGACGGAGACGAAGAGAUGAGCAGCUGUCGCCUGAGGAAGAAGAGAAGCGAAGGAUCCGGAGAGAGAGGAACAAGCUGGCAGCUGCUAAGUGUCGUAACAGGCGUCGAGAGCUAACAGAGAAACUCCAGGCGGAAACUGAAGUGCUGGAGGAAGAGAAGUCAGUGCUGCAAAAGGAAAUUGCUGAGCUCCAGAAGGAGAAGGAGAAGCUGGAGUUUAUGCUGGUGGCUCACAGCCCUGUGUGCAAAAUCAGCCCUGAGGAACGUCGGAGCCCACCAUCCAGCAGCCUCCAGAGCGUUCGGACUGGAGCGAGUGGAGCGGUGGUGGUGAAGCAGGAGCCUGUGGAGGAAGAGAUCCCAUCUUCCUCUUUGGUCCUUGACAAAGCCCAGAGGUCUGUCAUUAAGCCCAUCAGCAUUGCUGGAGGUUUUUAUGGGGAGGAGGCACUCAACACUCCCAUCGUGGUGACCUCAACACCAGCCAUCACUCCUGGCUCCUCCAACUUGGUGUUCACCUACCCCAAUGUGUUGGAUCAGGAGUCUCCUCUCUCCCCGUCUGAGUCCUGCUCCAAAGCUCACCGGAGGAGCAGCAGCAGCGGUGACCAGUCCUCGGAUUCCUUGAACUCUCCCACCUUGCUGGCGUUGUAAUCCCCCUGCGGUCCCCCAUUUUGCCAGUGUGUUACAUCCCCCCACAGCACCAUGGGGGGAGCCCCCCUCCAUGGGAUUAGAGACAGGCAUAGGAUCGUUCAAGCACAAGGGCAGCAGGAACAAGGAUGGGGAAGUGCUGCAGCUCCAGGAAGGAGAGUGAGGACCAACGCCAGCUCCCUGGAGGCAGGAAACGGCAAGGGUGGGACUGACGCGCCAGGACUGUUUGGAGAGGGUGACGUCCCCUCUGUAGGGACUGCCUAUGGAAACCUCUUCACGGCCGUAGUGGACUUGGGGAGCACUCCUGGCCAGGACUGAAGGCGAGCUGCAGACAGUUGCUAGUCAUCCCUUUCCUUUGUGAAUUGAUCUGAUCGGUUGUGCUCUGUGCUUACAUCAUUCUGGUUAGUUGAUCUUACAACUUCUCUCUUUCCCUCUUUCUCACUCUGCGCUUAUCAUUUCCAAUGUUGUCGAUCCCAUGACAUUUCAUCCAGUUGCUCUGAACUCUAAAGGCUUGUUAGGACAUUUCCUCUUGGGACAGGCUGCGGGAAACAUGUAGGAUUGCCCAGGCAGGAGGGGGAUGGCUGGGAGGUCCUGGAGAGGGAGGACCAAGAGGAGCCUGAGGGCUCAGCAGCAAGGGCAGAGCUCGUAACUCUGGCCUGGGGCACAGAGACAGCAGGAGGCUCAUGCAGAAGCCUUUCUUUUUUAAAAUGUAGAUAAUUUAUCCCCUUGGGCUCCUCAAAAAACAAUUCAGCAUCUCAGGGCCAAAGUAGCAUCAGAAAAGCUGCUGGGCUGGCACUUACCAGUGUCUUUGGCAGGAUUUUACCCCAGUUUGUGGAUAUCAAAUCUGCUGCUUGUUGUUUACUUUUCCUGGGCUGCCCACUGUCUAGGGAGUAUUGCAUCUUCUUCCCCAUCAGGGCUCCUGAUUCAAAGGCUGAUCUCUUCCUAUUAGUAAAUCCUCCCUUCCCCUUGGCCAUAUUUGCAGAACAUGCUACCGAAAAAGAGGUGGCACCAUGUGCCUAUAAAUCCAGGAUGGAGACUGGCAGCGGAUAAGAAGGUGAAACUAGCUGGCUGUACCCUUGCUGACUUUUUCAUUGUUGGGAAACAAAGCAGCACACAUCCAUCAGUUGAUACUAGGGGGUGUUGUUUGCUCAGAGAUUCCCAGUUUCCAAGGUCGGGGGGACGGCAGUGGACCAACCUCCAGCACAGGUCACAGGGUGCUCCUGACCAGGCAGGAAUGGCAUGGUCAAAGUGAUGACCUGUUUGCGCUAGAACAGGGCUUCUGAUACCCUCUGGUUAUGAAUGACAAAUUGACAGCACAGGAAAAACAAUUACCAUUAUUUGCACCUUGGUCUUUGGCCUUUUUUUUUUUUUUUGCAUUGCAGUUGAUCUGUUUUUGUUGGGGUUGAUUGGCCUGAAGACAAAAAAAAAAAAAACAAAUUAGAGGGCUCUUCCCCUAGCUUGGGUCCUUGUCUUCUCCAACCUGUGGGCUUGGCUGCUACUACUAAGUGCUCACAGAGGGCACAAGCUGUCCAGCACCGAUGUUUGCUACUGAAAACAGUAAUGUGUGUAACCUAUUCCCACUUGGAGCCAAGCUCAAUUCCUGUUGAUGUCAAGGCACUGACAAACCACGACCGUGUGCACACUAGGAUUGCCCAGCUUGUCAGCUAAGCCAGUUAGGGGAUAGCUCUUUGGUCCUGCCUGUUGAAGCUGUGGUGGAAGCUAUUUAUUUUGGUGUGAGAUUUUCUUGUUCUUUUAUAUUAUUUUUUUUAAUCAACUGAAACCAGGGUAUUUCUUGGUCAGGCUGGACCUGGAGAAAUGCAAUAUGCAAUUAUAGGGCCAGUCCUGUGAGAUGCUGAACUGCUGCAGUCCCCACCAACUCCACUAAGAAUUAAUAGGGAUCAGUCUUGUGGAACUGGACCUUUACUCAGCAGGGCUGGCUUCCCUCAAACCCUGGCCACUGUCCAUUCCUUGAAUCAUUUCAAAGGGACACUACUUUGGCUCUAAAGGUAGGCUUUGCUUUUUUUUAUUAUUACUAUUAUUUUUAAACCUAGGUAUUUACCAAACCUGACAGAAAAAGAAAGAUAUGAAUGAUCUUUUUGCUUCAUAAAGCCAAUUGUGAUUCAGGCUUUUUCUUUAUUGCUUAAACACUUCCAUCAUUAUACUGGUGCUAGAGGUUUCAAAUUGGGCUUACUCAAUAAGUGAAAUUGAUGAAGGAGUUCUCUUGUCCUUACAUGAACAUCAGAACUUCCUUUUUAAUAAAGCAGACCUUAAACUUCGUGCAGUUAGCACAAAGGAUCCUGUUUUCAUAGGGUUUUAUGUAGAUGAUAUCACUUUAGGUGAAACUGCUUCUUCUCUAACUGUCCGCAUUUUGCCAGAUGCUUGUUUGGGUCAGUCUGGAUUAAGAAUCUAAAACGCUUCAAUGAAAUGUCUCUGCAUGUAAUUUCCACCCAUUUUUGAGCAGAAUGCAACGUUGACAAGUGGUGAAUCCUAAAGUGAUGCAGCUACUUUUGAGGCCAGCUGAGCAGGAUCGCUGUCUCGCAGGAGAUGAGGAGCAUUCCUACUAGGGGUUUCAGGAAGUCACAUGCCACCUCCAAACCUGAGUAAGCCUAACUCCUAGUGGAACAACAAGAAUCUACCUUUGCUUUUGCUCACUGAAUCAAUGCCAAAAGGAGCUGCAGCUGGCCCUUGCCCAUUGCCUGCUGCCUUGUCAUUGACCUUCUCAGAGACAGGACAGGACCGGUCCCCUUUUCUGUCCUGUGACACUGACAGGAGCCAUGUGACACUGCCCAGAAAAGAGGAUUAUUUUCUACUAUCUGGAAAAAGCCCUGAAUACCUUGUGCCUGCCUGUUUUGUCCCUCAAAUCUCUCAGAGGAUGUCUGUGUUGGGAUCGCUGGUCUCCUGCCUUCUGUAUUUUGUGGAUCAGCCUUACUUUGUUUAGUUUCUGGCAGACAGGUACAGCUUGAGCUCUGCUGCCGUUUUGGUCUGGCCCUGCAUUUCUCUUUUCAGGUUUAUGGGUGUGCUUUUUGGGAAUUGACUGUCUUCCCCACCCCCAAAAUGGUAUUUUUCAUGAGUACCUUCCCUGCCAAUUCCUAAAUGUACAGUGUCUCCAUGUUCUGCAUGUAAUGGGGAUGCGGGAGCUGUUAUAACUAGUGUCUGACCAAGAGCUGUUGAAGUCAAUAGAAAAAGGCCCAGGGAAUUUCAGCUGGUCUUGGGUCAAACCCCCCCAGUGACUGGCCCAACGAAGCCUCUAAUAACAUCUUAAAUUAAUCAAUGCCAAACUGGAAGGAGCAGCAGCAGCAGCUGCAUUGAAGGAAACAUUCAGCUUCCAGGUGAUGUUUGCCAUUCCAGUUUUUCCCUCGUUCCUCCUUCCCCCUUCCCAGUUGUGGCAUUGCCUUCAUCCAUUCCUUUCUUGUAGGUGUGGAGACUGGGUAAGUCUCAAACUGCUUGUGGUGUGACGGUAUUUGGGACCAACAUGCUGGGGACAGUAGCUCUCUGUUGUGUUUUUAUAAUUAUUAUUUAAAUGAUCUAUUUAGUUCAUCUGAACCUUUAAUUUUGCUGCUUACUGUAUGUAGGAUCCACCUGGCCUUCAUCCUAAAUGAAAAGAAAAAACAAAAUGAAAACAAACCUAAGACACCCCCCUCCUUCCUGGUAUCUUAUUAUUUAUUGGCAGGCAGCCGUCUUGUGCCUGCUCCAGCAGAUCUGCCCGCCAUUAAUUUAACAUCCUCCUAACUCACAUUCCUGGUGUUUGGUUGUUGCUUCUUUUUUUUUUUUCCUUUUUGUUGUUGGUUUUUUCCAUUAUAAAACAGACUUCUGAAAUGUAAGAAAUCUUAUUAUUAUGACACUUACAAGUUCAUUUUCAUUAGGAAGGCCAAGUCAAACAUUUUAAGAGGUGGGGGGAACAAUCUACAUUUUAUUUCUUAUUUAUUUAUCAUGUUUACAUCUUUUUUUUCUGUUCAAGACUUGGAUAUAAUAAAGAAAGCAUUAAAAAUACUCCAAUCUUCUUCUUUUUUUAGGCUAAUAACUUUUUUCGAUUCUUUAAAUAAAAUAUUCUGGGUUUUGUUGUUGUCUGUAUAAACUGUAAAAAGAGAUAUGUUUCUAAAGAUGCAUUAUCAUUCCUCUGUGAACAGUAGGUGGAGUUGAGGACAAAUCUCAGAAUACAAGAUAAUAAUAAAAUCCCAUCCUGUUUUACUUAAUUGUUCCCCUUCUGUCCUGUAUGAUUAAAGGGUUAUUCCACUUUCUUGUUUGUGGUUACUUGAUAUUAAAACCUUAUUAAAAUGUAUAGAAAAUAGGUAUCCAAUUGUUUUUGCUCAGUGAGAGGAUAAAAUGUUGUAUAUAUCUUGAUAUACUGUGUAGUUCAAAGUAACAUCGAUAAGGGAUAGUGCAUCUUUAUUAGAGCGAUAAGUUACUAGUGUCACUAAAGUGUACUUUAAGAUCCUCAGAUACACAAAGGGCCUGAUUCUGAUUCCACUCUCCUGGGGGCAAAUUGAAAGCAUCAGUAGCAUUGUGCUGCUGCAAAGCGGGUGUUGGAGGUGGAAUCAAGCCUCAGUGAUUAAUAGGUGACUGUGAGGAUUAUUGAAGGUUUGGGGGCACCAUUAUCUUUCUUUUUUUUUUUUUUUUUUUUUCCUCUCCUCAAAAGUUUUCGAUCAUGGGGUUUUUUUGCUGGGUUGGUUUUUUUUCCCUCUGCAGUGAAAUAGUUUCUAGCAAGGAGGUUCUUAAAGGUGACUGCUGAAUUGGGACCCUUUGCUUGUCGUGAUCUUGAUAUCGUUCUUGCAGUCCUGGAGAAUCUCAGCUCUGAGGCAUUCUCUCUGGUGUUGUCUCUUUUCUGUUCUUGUUAUUUUACUGUAAUACAGGCCUACAGUAUUUGCACUAAAACAAAAAGCUUGUUAGAGAAAGCUUGCUGCUAUGAAAGAAAGAACAUAUUAAAAUGGUUUGCUUUUACAAUUUUAACUGAGUAGCAUUUUGUAGAAUAAAAUCAAUUUAGACUGAAAAGAAAAAAUGACUUUUCUUUUUUCCUCUGCACCUUUGCCCCCGUAACUCCUUUCUUUUCCUCUCAUUCCUUGGUGGUGUGAUGUUCCCCCCUUCUCCUUUGGUGCUCAGUUGUAAUGAUUGGCUGUAUUGUUGACUAUGCUGCUGAGAGUUAUGACACUUGUAAAUCUUGUUUUAAUGACAUUGUGGACACUCUUUUGUAUAGCAAGACCUAACUGGAGUUCUUCUCUCUCUGUUAAUUGAAGUCAUUAAAAAGCUCCCUUUGCCAUGAA